CAUCAACGUUAUCUGCUAAUGAGUAGAGUUUUACUUUUGACAUGCUGUCGAAGCUUGGCUGUAAAUCAGAUACGAAAUAUUGGAUGCAAAUGCGGGUGUAUUGAUUUCAAUAUAGGCGAAUCAAUUGAGGAUUAAGGAUUAAUUAUUUCAGUACCAUCAUUUGUAGCUCUGUUUCGAAAUGCCGUUUGGAUAUCUCUUCCGGAGAACAUGGUCAUCCACAGACAGACUUGAUGGCAAAACAGUGCUCAUAACUGGAGCCAACACUGGUAUUGGCAAAGAGACAGCGCUGGACCUGGCAAAGAGAGGGGCCAGGAUAAUCAUGGCCUGCAGAGACAUGGAGAAAGCUGAGGGGGCCCUGAAAGAAGUCAUAGAAGGCUCUGGUAGCCAAAAUGUUGUCAUCAAGAAGCUUGAUUUGUCAGACACCAAGUCCAUCCGCGAGUUUGCAGAGACCAUUAACAAGGAGGAGACGAAACUCAACAUCCUCAUCAACAAUGCUGGCGUCAUGGUGUGUCCGCAUGGGAAAACAGCUGAUGGAUUUGAAAUGCAGAUUGGCGUCAACCACAUGGGUCACUUCCUGUUGACCCACUUAUUGGUUGACCUGAUCAAAAGGUCGACCCCGGCCAGGAUCAUCAAUGUGUCCUCCAUGGCUCAUUCAUGGGGCACCAUCAACCUGGACGACAUCAACAGUGAGAAGGGCUAUGACAAGAAGAAAGCGUAUAGCCAGAGCAAGCUAGCUAAUGUCCUCUUCACCCGCUCCCUGGCCAAGAAGCUACAAGGCACUGGUGUGACUGCAUACUCCCUCCACCCUGGCGUGGUUCAGACUGACCUGUGGCGGCACCUGAGCGCACCUCAGGCAGCUAUCAUGAAGAUGAUCAGUCCCUUCACCAAGACAUCCGUGCAAGGAGCUCAGACCACUAUCUACUGUGCUGUGGCACCUGAACUGGAAACCGAGAGUGGUGGAUAUUACAGUGACUGCGCACCAGCCAACUGCUCAAGCUCUGCUUUAGACGAUGACACGGCCCAGAAACUGUGGGAGCUAAGCUGCCGGAUGCUUUCUCUGUCAUGGGAUUGAAUAACUCCCAAAAGGUGUAUGGUUUACAUUUUGAGAUGUAUGAGCACUGAAGAAUACAACACAUGUACAGCAUCUUAAAUGAAAGUCCUUUGUCCCAUGGACACAUUCCAACAUAUCAUAUUAUGAUGUGGUAUUUUAAUUGAAAUGAUGUAGUUGACAGUACUUAUAUAUGUAACAUCCAAAAUACAAUUUAACAUGGUUCAUUGCCACUGGCAUUUGAGAUGGAAUAUAUGUUGUUUUUUUACCGUACUGUACACAGUCAUAAUAUUGUACAUUAUUAGACUGCUGUUUACUGUCUUAAGUUAUCACACUAACAUUAAAUCACUAAUCUGUAACUGCUCCAUCAA